AUGGAUUCCUUCAAGAAUAUUCAUAAAGAGGAAACUACAGGAGAAACAGAAAAACAAGUAAUCUUUAAUGAAAAUUCAAUGAGUUUUUUACUAAGUUCUAUUGAUGCUAACGAAAUUGAUCAAGAUACCUUUAAAUGUAUCGAAAACCAAAUCAUUCAAUUAAAUAUCCAAUUAAAACAUGCCAAAAUCAUUACAGAGAUUGAUAUACAAAGAUAUGAAAUACCAUUAACUUUCUUCAAAAUUUUCAUGAAAUUUUCUGAUUCCAUAAUGAUUGAUUCACUCAUCUACUUACUCGAAACAUUGUCAAAACUAAUGGAAUUUCCUUUUCAAAUGAUGGAAGAAAUAGGUAUCGAUCGAUUUAUGAUAGAAUACUUAGAUUCCCAAAAAUGCUUAGACAACACAUCAAUAUUUAUUAACAAAACGAAGAUUAUAACGAUAUUUACUAAUAAUAUGAUACAUAACACUUCUAUUUCUACAGAUUUAAUUUCAAUAGGCCUAUUUCAUUCUUUACAGAACGUUUUUGAAGAGUUAAGUAAUAUUACUAUUGAUCAAGCAAGCGUAACUUAUCUAGAAAGCUUAGCAAAUGCUGUUUUUAUAUGUUUUGAACAAAUUUUGAUAGAUCCACUAUCACAUGAAGGCUUCAUACUCUUUAUUAAGAAGUGGAUUGAUGUUGAGAAUCAGUUUUUACAGGAAGGACUUACAGAAUUAAUAUUUAGAGCACUUACAUUAAAAAUCAAUUUAAGUGAGUUAUUUGUAGAGCCAAAUCUUAUUAAAUUAUUAGUAGAUGCAGCAAUACAGAAUGAAGAUAUCAAUGCAAUCAAUGUUUUGAGUGAAUUUACUUUGUAUGGAGAAAUUAAUAAGGAUUUGAUCCCAAAUAUCCUUGAAUUUUGCAAUAACAUAAAUGUUAAUGAGUUUCUUGAGAAAGCAAAAGCGGAAAUUAAUUCAAAUAAAAAUCCAAGUGAAAUUCUGACUCUUUGUGGAAAUAUUCUAUAUAUAUUAGAUAAUGUUCCUGAUGAAAUCAAUCCUACUAUAGUUACAGAGAUCCUAGAACUUGCAAACGAAAAAUGUGAUUUAAAAACCAAAAUUUCCGCAACAUUUCUCCAAGUUUCGUUAUGGUCGAAGAUAGAUCCCAUAUUAUUUGGUGCAAUAGCAUCGCCAGAUCUUCUCUCAAUUUGUUUUGACGUUGCUUUUAAUACAUCACCGCAACUCCAUAUGAUUAUCAUUAAUUUAUUAGACAACCUACUCUCAAAAUAUCAAUCCAUUAAUAUGCUUGACGUAGUUUCCCAUGAAAUUUUUGAUUUUUUGGAAAAGUCAAUAGAAGAAGGAAAUGAAGAGAUCUCAGAUAAAGCAGCUGUUAUAAUGGAAACAUAUUUCCCAGUUGAGCCACAAUCUGCGUGA